CGGUAAUUGUCCAAUUUCCAGUCAUUCGACAGUUGGCAUUCGAUUAUUAUACUCUGUCGCAAAACCGACUUUUAAACUGUUAGACAAUCACGUCGCUGGAUAGGCCAUGGCGAUCAAAAACGUGAUUAUCCUGGGGGCAUCCGGUGCUCUCGGCUCAGUGGUUCUUGCAGCCCUGACCAAAGCCGGUUUCACCGUCUCAGCCUUGGUCCGAUCCUCCUCCAAAGCCACAUUUCCCCCUGAGACUCCCGUCCACCGGGUCGAUUACGACGACUUGCAGGCCCUUACUGCGGCUUUCCAGGGCCAAGAUGCCGUGGUGUCCACCAUCACCACGGCCCACGUGGAUGCGCAGCGGGUGGCUGUGGAUGCCGCGGUGGCAGCCAAGGUGCAGCGCUUUAUUCCCAGCGAGUAUGGCGGCGAUUCGUCGGAUCCCGAUCGCGUCGAUGUCGGAAUCUUCCAGUCCGCCAAACGACGGAUUGUCGAGCAUUUGGAGACCAAAGAGAAGGAGGGUUUGAGCUGGACUGCCAUUUGCACGGGCAGUUGGUUGCAUUGGAACCUCGAACUCGACAACAAGGACUUAGGCUGGGAUCUUCCACACCGGGCAGUGGCUCUCUAUGACAAGGGAGAACCCAAGGUGGAUCUUUGCACGCUGGAGCAAGUAUCGCGCUCCAUCAUCUCCACGCUUCGCCAUCUGGAAGAGACCAAAAAUGAAUACGUCUAUGUGAAGUCUUUCACCGCGUCGCAAAAUCAACUACUCUCGAUUAUCGAGCGGCUCUCCGGUCAGAAGUUUACGAUUCAUCCUUGCAGUUCAGAAGAGCGGGCUGCCACUGGCAUGAAGGAAAUGAAAGAGGGUAAGCAAGAGUCGAUGUUCAAGGUCAUCGCAGCUACUGCAUAUGGGCCAUGGCAGAUCGGACAGUUUGGCAACAAGACCGACAAGUGGAUGAAGGUGCUUGAGUUGCCCACGGAUGAAGAUUUGGAGGCUGUGGUUCGCGCUUCACUCAAAAAGAAAGGGUUGGUUUAGCGUUCUGUAGAUAGAGCCGAUCCACGAUCUACUGGCUCGAAGAUAACCUUAUUCCUAGGUGUACGUACCCUCUAGCUUGCUGUAGUACAGUUGUCUCGAUCACUUUAACUUCAUAUACUGAUCGAUAAAAUCGCGUCUGUACACCUUUGUCAACCAAUAAAUAGUAGAAGAAAUUCC